AUGUACACUGAGGCCGGACCGUCUGACACUGGGUCAUCGGGUCAGGCUGAUGUAGACCAGUCAAUGCAAUACGGUUGCCAGGACAUUGCAAAGAACCGCGAUUUCGUUCAGAUACGGGUUAAAGUUAAUGGAAGAAUGCCGGAAACAUCAACAGCAGACUCUUGGUUCAGUCUUUCCGCUCGGUCUCGAGCUCCACGGAAUCCGGAGUCGACCAGCCUAUGA